GUAAAUUUCAGAGAUCUUCUUCGAUUCUCCUUAAUCUCCUUUAUAUCUAUAUAUACUCAUCACACAGCUUUAACUCAUUCCACCAAACCAAACUCAUCACAAACACACAAAAAAACCCUAAAUUUUCAGAUCUCCGAAACCAUGUCGGCGAUCAUGAAGACUCUUUGUUUUUCUUUUAUCAUCCUCUCUUCUUUUGCAACUCUCUUCUCCGUCACUGAUGCAUUGAGGUUUAACGUCGGAGGUAACGGCGUUUGGGACUUAAACCCUCAAGAAAACUACAAUACUUGGGCUGAAAGAAACCGUUUCCAAGUCAAUGACACUCUCUUUUUCAAGUAUCCAAAGGGUUCAGAUUCGGUUCAGCAAGUGAUGAAAGCUGAUUUUGAUGGCUGUAACAUUAGGAACCCGAUCAAGAACUUUGACAAUGGUGAAUCUGUUGUGACUCUUGAUCGAUCUGGUCCAUUUUAUUUCAUUAGUGGUAAUCAAGAUCACUGUAAGAAGGGACAGAAGCUGAUCGUCGUUGUCCUAGCCGUUAGAAACCACCCUAAGGUUCCUAUUUCUCCGGCGAAGCCACCUUCAUCUGCUCAGCCCCCUAAGUCCCAUUCCCCUGUUUCACCGAUCUCUCCGGCUAAGCCUCCUUCAUCUGCUCAAGCUCCUAACUCUCAUUCCCCUGUUUCUCCUAUUGCUCCAGCCAAACCUCCGUCUACGGUAGCUCCCUCACAUGCUCCAUCUCACUCUCCAAGAUCCUCUGUUUCUCCUGCACAACCACCUAAAUCUUCUCACUCACCAGCUCUCUCGCCUUCGCAUGCUCCAUCCCACUCUCCAAAAUCUCCAUCCCCUGUUUCUCACUCACCGUCGCACGCACCAUCUCACUCUCCGGCUACUUUACCUCCAUCUCCAUCCCCUGUUUCUCACUCACCAUCGCACGCACCAUCUCACUCUCCGGCUACUUCACCUCCAUCUCCAUCACCUGAUUCUACUCCAUCGCCAGUUUCUCCUGCUUCAUCUCCUUCUGACCAGACUCCACCAUUGUCUCCUUCUCCUUCUCAACCUACUCCUUCAGCUGAUAACAUCACUGCCCCGGCGCCAAGUCCGAAAAGAAACUCAGCAAGUGGUGUGGCUGUUACUUCGGUUAUGACUACAUUACUAAGUGCGGCUUUCACCUUUUUGAUGUUCGCUUGAGAGUUUAAACAAUUCGGUUUUCGUGUUUUUGAUUUAGAUUUAUCUUUUAAAAUUUUAUUUUAUUGCUUUUGAGUUUCUAUUGUUCUUGUCUCGACUCUUCUCUUCGUGAUUUCACAUUAUUUUCUUUGUAAUAAAUAAAUAUCAUUGUGUUGUUCUAAAAGCAUUUUUUUUGGUUUCCUUA